GAGGACAUCCUAGAGCCAAUCAAUUUGGGAUGCUCCCCGCGUUUGACUUCCAUACAGAAUCAAAGGAUGCUGGUCCUCACUAAUCACCCGGUCAACGAAAUGUUUUGUCUGCGAGCCAUUCAAAGGCUCUCAGAGUACGAAGCUAUGAUAGAAGAACUUUCUCAAAAACGACACAACGCUCUCGUCCACAAUAAAAUUGAGCAGGCCGAAAGGCUUCGUUUAGCGAUGAUAGACUGUCGUGACAAUGCAUUCAGAGCCAUCAAUAUUGAUAUAUUGCUUGGCCAACAUGAGAUUCGAGAAAUCGGUCUCAACUCUACCUGGUCUUCGAAAAGCUGA